UCUAGCGUCAAUCAGUACUCAGUUAGAAGUUAGUUAUUGUAGAAGACGGAGCUACAUUUGAUUUAGCUAUGAAGUUGCUACGAAGAGUAUGCGCACAAGUAUCCAAUAUACGGGGUUAUUGUGUUAGAACUGCGGAUAAUAAGCCGCCGAAAAUAUUGAUUACCGGUGGACUUGGACAGCUCGGCGUAGAAUGUGCCAAAUACUUACGACAAAAGUAUGGCCGGAGCAACGUUAUUCUAACAGAUAUCAUUAAGCCAACUCCUGAUGUUGUCAACGACGGACCAUAUAUUUUUGCAGACAUACUGGAUUUCAAGGGACUCCAGAAAAUUGUGGUUGAUCACAGAGUUGACUGGUUGAUUCAUUUCUCGGCCCUUCUGAGCGCAAUCGGCGAACAAAAUGUACCACUUGCUGUAAGAGUCAAUAUUGAGGGCAUGCAUAAUGUCAUUGAGCUUGCUAAACAAUACAGGCUCAGGAUUUUCGUUCCUAGCACGAUUGGUGCUUUUGGACCAGACUCUCCAAGAAAUCCUACACCAAAUAUUACAGUACAAAGACCAAGAACAAUUUACGGCGUGUCUAAAGUACAUGCUGAGCUUUUAGGGGAAUAUUACUAUUAUAAGUUUGGAUUAGAUUUUCGAUGUUUGAGAUUCCCGGGUGUUAUAUCAAGUGACCCACCAGGAGGUGGUACAACAGAUUACGCUAUUGCAAUCUUUCACGACGUGAUCAGAAAGGGCCACUACCAGUGUUAUUUAAAACCCGACACGAGACUGCCGAUGAUGCACGUCAGGGACGCCCUCAGAGCCCUAUCAGAAUUCCUGGAAGCGCCCAACGAGACCCUGAAUCGUCGUGUCUACAAUGUGACCUCUAUGAGCUUCACUCCAGAAGAGUUGGCCGAUAAAAUGAUCAAAUACAUUCCAGACUUCAAUAUUACGUACAAACCUGAUAGUAGACAAGACAUAGCGGACUCAUGGCCUCAAGUGUUCGACGACAGCGAAGCGAGAAGAGACUGGAACUGGAAGCCACAAGUUGAUAUCGACGAUCUGGUGAAACUGAUGAUGAAGGAAGUGAGAGAAAAAAUUAUAGCUAACGGCAUCUCAACCUCACAUUAAAAAGAUCUUAUUAUCUUUCAUGUUCAUACAAUUCAUUAUUAUCUAAGUUUAAUAAAAUGUUUAAGGUU